CGCUGGUGUCGCUAUUUUCAACUGCCUCACCAGCUAAAGACGCACUCAUCACGUCUAUACUCGCAACACAAGAUUGUAGUCUUGGUUUCCCAGCCUCGAUUCCUUACUGAUGAGGGACUUUCGGCCCGACUGACACAGGGAGAUGGGGGUACUCAAUAUUUCAGACCAGCCGCCUCUGGUCCAGGCCAUAUUUAACCGAAAUACUGAUGAAGUGAAGUUAUUUUUGCACAAGAAAGAUGAAGUCAAUUCACUGGACCAAGAGCGCCGCACACCUCUUCAUGCUGCUGCCUGGCUGGGGGACGUUCAUAUAAUGGAUCUUCUCAUCAGUGCAGGUGCGAAUGUCAAUGCAAAGGACCAUGUGUGGCUAACACCAUUGCACAGAGCGGCUGCUUCCAGAAACGAGAGGGCUGUGGGGCUACUGCUGAGGAAGGGAGCUGACGUGACCGUACGGGAUAAGUUCUGGCAGACACCACUGCACAUUGCAGCAGCCAACCGAGCUACGCGUUGUGUCGAGGCCCUGCUGCCCCACGUGACCAGCAUGAAUAUGGCCGACCGUACGGGCAGAUCGCCCCUGCAUCAUGCUGCUCAGAGUGGAUACCAGGAGAUGGUUAAAUUGCUGCUGAACAAGGGAGCAAAUCUGAGUGCCAGUGACAAGAAGGACAGGCAGCCCAUUCAUUGGGCAGCUUACCUUGGACAUCUGGAGGUGGUUAAGCUGCUGGUGUCUCAGGGCUCGGAUAAGAGCUGUAAGGAUAAGCGGGGAUACACCCCUCUCCACGCUGCUGCUGCCAGUGGCCACGUUGAUGUGGUCAAGUACCUGUUACGCAAUGGAGCCGAGAUUGAUGAGCCUAAUGCCUUUGGAAACACUGCUCUCCAUGUGGCCUGCUACACGGGACAGGAAGCCGUAGCCAACGAGCUGGUGAACCGUGGGGCCAACGUCAACCAGCCCAACCACCGUGGCUACACGCCCUUGCACCUGGCUGCCGUGUCCACCAAUGGGGCUCUUUGCCUGGAACUCCUGGUCAACAACGGUGCUGAUGUCAACAUGCAGAGUAAAGAAGGGAAAAGCCCUUUGCACAUGGCAGCCAUUCAUGGACGUUUCACUCGCUCUCAGAUCCUCAUUCAAAACGGUGGGGAGAUAGAUUGUGUGGACAGAUAUGGCAAUACUCCUCUUCAUGUUGCUGCUAAGUAUGGCCACGAGCUGCUUAUCAGCACCUUGAUGACAAACGGUGCUGACACAGCCAGACAAGGGAUUCAUGGGAUGUUUCCUCUACACUUAGCUGUGCUCUACGGGUCCUCUGACUGUUGUCGUAAGCUACUUUCCUCAGGUCAGCUCUACAGCAUUGUGUUGUCAAUGAGUAAAGAACACGUGCUCUCGGCCGGAUUUGACAUCAACACCCCAGACAAUUUUGGGAGGACCUGUCUACACGCUGCUGCCUCUGGAGGAAAUAUUGAAUGUCUCAACCUGCUCUUAAGCAGUGGAGCUGACAUGAAUAAGAAGGACAAGUUUGGAAGGACUCCUUUGCACUAUGCGGCUGCUAACGGGAGGUAUCAGUGUGUGGUCAUUCUGGUUGGAGCGGGGGCAGAGGUCAAUGAGCGCGACCGCUCUGGCUGUACACCUCUACACUACUCGGCUGCAUCGACUGCAUUCUGCAGAACGGACCGGCCCCAUGCCAGCACCCAUCAGAACCAAGAGGAUGGGGAGAAGGAAUCCUUCCUGUGUGUGGAGCAUUUGUUGGAUAACGGUGCUGAUCCAUCUCUGUGCAACACUAAAGGAUACAGUGCUGUGCAUUACGCUGCGGCCCACGGCAACAAACAAAACCUGGAGCUGCUUUUGGAGAUGUGCUUCAACACAGUUGGAGACAAGGAAAGCAAUGGGUCCGUCAGCCCACUACACUUGGCGGUGGAGUCAGGUCACUGGGAAUGUGUCACAGUGUUAAUUGAGUCUGGAGCAUGUGUGGAUGCAUGUGACCCGGUGGGGCGCUCUGUGCUGUAUGUGGCCUCUCAAAAAGGACACGCCCGCUGCGUAGAGCUCCUGCUCGGCCAGUCAGCAUCUUGCCUGCUCACAGAACACUGUAGCAAAUGGGGUCCUCUUCAUGUUGCAGCUGCCAACGGCCACUCAGAAUGUCUGCGGAUGCUGCUCUGUAGUGAGGGAGGAGCCGACCUUGUUAAUGUUACAGACGCGGAGGGACAAACUCCACUAAUGCUGGCAGUGUUGGGGGGACACACUGACUGCGUGCAUCUGCUGCUGGAGAGAGGAGCUUGCCCUGAUAUGCGAGACAGGAGAGGAAGAACAGCCUUACACAGAGGGGCGGUGAUGGGUCGGGAGGACUGUAUAACCGCCCUGCUGUCCCACAAUGUCUCAGUCCUUAGCAGAGAUUUUCAGGGGCGAACCGCGGUCCAUCUGGCUGCCUCUUGCGGCCAUGCUGACAUUCUCUCCAAUCUUCUUUCUGCUGCUGACCACUCCCAUCCCCACGACCCAAUCACAGACCGCCACGGCUACACACCCGCACACUGGGCAGCCUAUCACGGUCAUGAAGACUGUUUGGACGUUUUACUUGAACUUAAACCAUGUAGUAUCCAGGAGGGAAACCCCUUCACCCCACUGCACUGUGCUCUCAUUAAUGGCCAUAGUGGUUCUGCUGAGCUGCUGUUGGAAUCCAGUGGUUGUAAUUCGCUGGUAAACAUCAGGGAUGCCAAAGGAAGGACCCCGCUUCACGCGGCCGCAGUUGCCGAGGACGUGGCUGGGCUGCAGCUGGUUCUGCGGCAUGGAGCUGACAUCAAUGCCGUGGACCACUCAGGGCGUUCUGCACUGAUGGUGGCUGCCGAUAAUGGCCAAAGCGGUGCAGUAGCCCUGCUGCUGCACAGAGCCAAAGCUGACCUGUCCCUCCUGGAUGUGAACAAGAACACUGCCCUGCACCUGGCCUGCAGCAAGGCUCAUGAAAUGUGUGCCAUGCUGAUCUUGAAGGAGAUCCACAACCCUAUCCUCAUAAACGCAACCAACAGUAUGCUUCAGAUGCCCCUCCAUAUUGCCGCCAGGAAUGGUUUGGCAACCGUGGUUCAGGCCUUACUGAAUCGUGGAGCCACAGUGCUGGCAGUGGAUGAGGAAGGUCAUACGCCAGCCCUGGCUUGCGCAUCCAAUAAAGCUGUUGCCGACUGCCUAGCUCUCAUUCUGUCAACCAUGAAGCCUUCCUCUUCCACACCUUCCUCAUCCUCGCCCUCUUCUCCCAGCCUCAACCUGCUCAAGCACUGUGGCAUCACAGCCGCCUGCCCCCCCCUGCCCAAUGGAGGCCUUCGCCAUGGUUACGGCAAAGAUCGCCAUGGUGCUACCAUCGGCUUGGAUGGCUGCUUGACCGAGUGAGGCGUUCUUACUUGUUAAAAAAAAAAAAGCGCGUGGUCGCUUGGUUUGGUCCUCUCUACACACCUAGAUAAACCUAUAUGCAAUUACAGCCACACAUCCCUCCUGUGCCAGUAUCAAAGCUUUUCUUCACGUCUCAGUAGAGAGCGAACACGAGAGGACAAAUUUAGCUAUUUAUUUCUAUUUAUUUUUCCCCACUUUUCUUUUCAUCCCACCCCCUGACUCCCAUCUUAGAUGCUGUCCAUUCAAUAUGAGUCUAAGUCUAAAAUCUGAAUCUAAGCCAUCUAUUCGAACCAGUAUCCAUCACUGGCGAGUCAGUCCUUUAUUUCUUCAUUGCAGUCGAUUUUGACUCGGUUUAUGUUAGAAUUAUGCAGCUGUGUGUCUCCAUGGUAACAGUGACAAUGGAUGGGUUUCCAUAUCAUGCCUCCUAUUUGCGUGACGCUGUGGCCUUGCAUAGGAAUUUACAGCCUGCCCUGAGGAACAAUUUAAACGGGUUACACUAGAUUUGCAUGAAUUUGCGGGACCAUGUAUUUGAUAGUGGUCUUGUGUGUGUGCGUGUGUUUGUGUGAGUGCGUGCGUGUGUAUGUGUGACAUCCACUUUUGCGCAACAGUCCAAGUUUUUCAUCCCAUACUUGAUUCUUACUUUUGAGGUUUUUAUGUGAGGUGCAAUCUGAAUUAGCACAGAUCAGGAAAAAAACAAACAACCUAACAGAAUCGUUUUGACAGAAGGGAAACCAUACUACCUUAAGCCAAAAGACCAAUGACCUCCUGGUAGAGGGGUCCGAUACAAUAUAAUGCUUGUUUACUGUUAGAGAAAAAAAGGGAUAGUGUUUGGAUGGGUUUUGAGGUGGAAAAUUCAUAUUAGGUUUACAAUGAUGGUAAUAGGUAGUCCAGAUCACUGUUUGUAGGUGGGCAGAAGAAAGAGGAGUUUAAAGUGUCAUGAUUUUGAGCGUUUAAAACAUUAUGAAGAUACUACACUAAGGAAGUAUAGAAAGCACAAAUGUCAUUACAGAUGCAAACGUCAUACACAGUACUUGCUCCUUGAAACCUUUUGUUUUAUUUUGGGUUUUUUUGGGUUGGCAGGGCUUCGUAAAAUAUCUUCAAUUAAAUCUAUUGCUUUGCUAGUUUAUCGUUAUAAUAUUUAGUGUGGAGUUGCUUUCACAGUGCCUACUGAUUUCAUUUUGUCUACCUAGGGUCCAAUCAGUUAAACACACCAUAUGCGCUCCCCGAAGUUUUCAAAAUGGUGCUUUGACCAGUGAAACAUGAGUUAAGUAUUUCACUAUAAUCCGUUAUGAAAUGAUUACCUAAAUAGAUGAAUGAACGAUUCAUAUAUCAGAACCCACUUGGGGGAGUGUAUAUGUCAAAUUUGCAAAAAUUAAGUGUUGAGUCUGAUUGGACCUUUUUACAUUUGUUUAUGGUGUUGGGGAGCAGUCAUGGGUAUGACCAAAGUUGUGCGAUUUCUAAAUAGCAUUUUAUUAGGAACUUGUAGAUAUAAAAAAAAAAAGACAUUAUCUUUUCAAUUAAAAUAUUGAAAUAAUAUUCACCCCUCCUCUUUAUAAAAUGCUUCCUUGUUGCCAAAGGUAGAUUAACAAAGUUAAGAUUGUGCUUCCUUUAGGUUUUUGCACCUAAACACAAAAUAAGAACAUGUGAAUGAGUGUUAGAAACAUCCCUCUUUUUUUUUUUUUGUGCACCACAAACAGGCAAUAUAUGCUCAGUCAGUAAUGAGACAAUCAGUUGAAAGGGCUUUUAAUUUUGCCAUAGAUUUCGUUUUUUCCUAAACAAGCAAAAGCAUCAAUAUUUUUUAACAAUUAGGAAGAUCUGUACCCCUUAAUUCAAGACAUCUAUGAACUAAUGCAUACUUCAGGCGUGAAAUGUGGACUUGUUCUCAAUUAUACCAAUACUAUUACUUUUCAUUACGGUAUAUCAGGAUUUUAGUGAUGUAGAUAGAGUAGUAUUGUAACUGAUAUUUUAUUGAUGAAUGAAGGUGCGUAGAAAAAUGAAACUGUAACGUUAGAUGUUUAAAGGCUGUGUGGAGAGCAUAUUUAUACUGAUGAAAUGACCUCUUCGUCAAUGUAAUAAGUUUUGGCUGCUUAAACAAGUUUCUCCACUUCGCGCUGGCCUGAUAUAAAGCACUUGCUUGUUCAGUAACAAAAAAAGAUUGAAAAAAAUAAGCUUUUGCAUCUAUCACAAGCUGUAAAUGGGCAAAUAUCUGACCUCUACUUGCUAGAGUACAAACAUGCAUGUGUGCAAAUCAAAUUAGUCAAGUUAUAUCAGUGUUUUGCCUGGGAAAUAUUUCUAAAUUGGCUACAUGACUAAGAGGAAGUUCCUUUGUGGGAGUUUAAUUCAAGCUUAUUUACCUGUACUUGAUCUUGACGUUAUCACGUACACUAACUUUUGCUGCAGUUUGGUGGAGGGGAAGUAAUGCGUGUAUUGACAGCACAGGGUACGAUAAUGAAGUGCAAGUUGAUGUUGAGCUUGAAGUUAUUUGCACUGCCAGUUUAUACUGCUUGUAGUUGUAGAAAAACAAAUGAUUAUUUAUAAAUUUAGUCUAGCUAGUCAUACCACACGUAGUUGAGUUUGAAAAACAAGUGCCCGUGGAGCCUGUGAUUAGUAAUACAUUUCAUUUGGUGCAGGAAAAAGUGCUGCUUUCAAUUGUAUCUUGGAGCUAAUUUUUUUUAGAGGUGAUCUUUGUCUAUUUAUUAGCGAUAAUAAUUCUUAUCCAGCCAAAACCAACUAAAACAUACUUGUUUUAAUUCCUCAAAUUUCUAAUUGUCUUAUUGGCAUUGCACUAAAAUUGUUGAAUUGUUUCGUCGAAUGUAUGCCGUGAUGGUAGCAGCUUGCUUCGAUGUUGGUGAAAAUCUUGUAUGCAGUAGUUAGCGAUUAAAUAAUUAGCUUGACAACAGGAACUUUGGAACUGAACCCUUUCAGAACUUUUAAUAGAUUGAGUUGGUGCAUUUGGUGUUCGGUGUUCGAACAAUAAGGGAACCGGUCACAAAGUGGCAAGACUUUUUUUUUUUUUUUUUUUAAUAAGGGUAGAGUAUAACUUAUAAAGGGGAGUUUCCUCCCUAAAAUCAUUUAGUGCCAUAACUUUUCUUUUCCCUUUCUCAUUAUGAUACAUUUGUAAAAUGUGAAUGAAUGAUUCCUUGGGUUCAGUUUUUGAGUGUGCAUCAAGACCAUUACCAAAAAAAAGAAAAAGAACGAAGUCUAAGCUAACAUAAGCUACUGUGCCCAUUUAUAUAUAUUUUUUGGAGAUCCACAUAGUGUGUUAAUUUUUGUAAAAUGCCAGUACGUUCACAAUCAGACUGUCUCAAAAUGCCAGUAUAUUCUUAACUAAGCUAUACUGAUGGGCUGGUUAGCUCUUCGUGGAGCUCCUCUUCACCCAUUUAAGUGAAAGCUUUCAUGGCUAAGCCAUAACUUGGCAUUUGCCCUUAUCAAUCGAAUAGCCGGAUUUGAGUCAUUCAGUCAACGGCUCCUUCAAAAACAAUAUUUUAUAAAUCUUCCAUUGUAAUCGAGCAUACCCACGAACCAUUGAUAAUUUGAGGUUUAUGUCUACGCAAUGGAAUUAUGAAGCGCCUUAAUUUCAUUAUUAACUGAAGGGCAAAUUUUGAAAUUUACCAAAACGACACACUUUACCUAGCUUUUCUCGUUUUAUUCUGGAUCAACAAAUUGUGCAGUUUUAGGAGCUUUUUGUGUUUGUUUUUUACACAACUUUGCUAUGAAGGGCCAGCUUUCAUUGCCUGUUGACCAAGCUAUAAUGGUUGCAGUUACUUGCAGGCAGUUGGAAACUAGAGUUGUCUAAUAAUUGUAACCAUUUUGUUGGAAAGCAGAUUAAUUGUAGCUAACUCAGUGUCCUUAUUGUAUGUCAAUCCUUGCAUAUUUGUAUCGAUAUCAUUUGUUUUUCUCGCAAAGGUAUUAAUGGCUGAUAGAAUGUCUGAUUUACCUCAGCGGACCUCAGCGUCCCUACUACUUGAAGACACAUCCAUUUAAGGCAAUACUCAAAACACCCGUUUCAUUUAACCUUUGUCUAUCUCCCAACUUUUUGCCUUAAGAGGAAACGGUAUAGUUCAGCAGUCGCAGCACUUGUGAGAGAUUUUGUUGUUAACCUGGGAUCUCAUUUCGAUGAGAUUCAUAAGCACACAGUUUUGCUGAAAGAUGUACCAUACUGGCUUCUCGCCUAAAAUUAAUCAUUUUCAUUAAAUAUAUUAGGAGUUUUUGCACUAGAAUAUAGAAAAAAUAAAAAUUGUCUUUUUUUUUUUUUUUUUUUUUUUUUUUUUUUUUUUAAUACUUGUGUAUUUACCUGAAAUAAUUUGGAACGGCUAAUAUUUUACCAUGAAACUAGAAACUCUUUGAGGAGAAAAAAAAAAAAAUCGUGUUGGAUUUAGUUCUCCUAAAUGAAGUGACAAAAGUACUGAUUUUCACUCUUGAACGUGACUUAUAAAAACACCAUAAUGGAAAGUAGCAGGGAAAAAAAAAUCAGUAUUGAAACAGGAAUGAUUUUGGAGAUACAUCUCAAACAAGUAAAUAUAAUCCAAUGAUAAAUUCUUUUUGCAAAACAGGUUAGAUUAUGUCCUCAUUUUUCAGUGUCUUGAUUGAAAUAUUUAGGUUGUGUAAUGUUAUAAAUGCAAAUCUUUCUAAUAAGUUAAAUAACAAAAGCACAAGAAGAUGUGCAAGAUGUAAUUCCUCAAGUGUGGUUGGAAUUGCCUUGACGUGGCAAUCUUACCUCAUGAACUAGCAGUCCUUAAAAUCUAUCGUGCUAUAUAUACUGGUACAUGAAAUUUGGGUGGGCUUUUUAGCUACGCAUGAUCCGUGCAACUAGAAUCCUGAGGUCACGUUCCAAGGCCUUGAAAUGGAAAACCAUUGGAGUUUUCAAGGGGUGCUCUUGAACUUAAAUGAUGUCCUUCACCCUGGCUUAGUGUUACUUCACGUUUCUACUUUAUAAGCGCUAAUAGUUUAAAUUGUAAAUCUGCAAGCGAAUGAUCUAGUCAAAAAAGCUGCUUUUUGUUGUUCUCGCCAGCAGCUUGUUUUCAUAAGGCUGUUUAGAAGACCACCGGAGCCUGACUGAAUGGUUGAUCUGACAGGGCACAUAGGGAUCCCUUUAAAAUACAUUUUCAUAUUUAAAAAAAAAAAAAAAAAAAAAAGCUAUGCAGGAAUUUUUUCUUUUUAUCUCACAGAGUUGCAUAGUGCCACCAGAGAUAGCCCAAGAGCUUCAUUGACCGAUCACGGACCUUCAGAAGUUCAUCUGUAAAUCUAACACCGACCUCACUUGCUUGUUGGCUUCGGUUGAGAAAAUGACUGCUUUGCGUGGCAUGCUGCUAUUUCUUUGGAGUCUGCAAGCAUCUUCAUCAUCUCUUUAAAGUACUACACUUUGUGACGAGUAUGUGGGAUUGUGCCUUUUGUUAUCAAGUACAUGCCACAGGGUAUGGUCUUCCAUUAACACCUUUAGUGAGCCUUAUGAAUGAACAACUGUUGUAAGUUUCAGAAAUAGCCACCAUCCACGAGGUUGCGUUUUGAGCCGUCAAAACUUGCGAUCAAAUUUGUCACAUCACCGCAAAUGAAUAAAAAAAAAACCUUUGUAAAUUUAAUUCAACCAUAAUGGCAAAACAUUUGAUCGGUUCUAGCUAGUGACCUGUUAAAACUCUGUAUGAAAAAAAAAACGUGUUUAGUUUUACAAAGCGUGAACUCUUUAGUGAAGUAGACGUGUGCCGUGUCGUUUUUGUGUGGUAAUGCAUUGGAGAUUAGUUGUAACCCAGUGUCUUGUAGAAUGUUGGCAUGACUCCUUUUCUCUAUGUUGUAUUGACGUCAAAGUAUCCACCUGAAAUGGACUGAAGUGCAAUAACUUUUUUUGUGCGCCAUAGUAUCCUUAAUGGAGGAAAAUGCCCUCUUACAUUAUCCAUCAUAUUUUUUUUUCCUUUAAGCAGGGUAUUUAAUUUCACUUAUUUAUUUAUUUUAUUUUUGGAUUGUACAAAUUUGAACUCCUUCCUGCUUUGCCUCCAUAAGUGGCACUUUCUUGUGGAAUGUACAAUGGACUUGGUGGAAACUGUGAUAGGUGUCAAAGCCUUAUCGAUACUUCUUGCUUACUGGAAAGAUGGCAUUUCUGUUUGUUCAUCGGUUGAUAGGUCAGAGAGUGCCGUUUUCCAUGAACCUUCUUCUGCGCCACUUAAAGUCAGUGUCUGCUUUUUGUGGCAUGUUAAGCAUUUGUGUAUGUGUGUGUGGGGGGUGUUUAGACCUGUUCAUUUACCUCUGAUCAGUUGAUACCAAAAGCAAAGCUCAUUGCCAGGAAUUACAGUUCUUUUUCGGAUUAGAGAUUGUGAUAGCUGUAUUUGGAAAUGGUAUCUUGAAUGUUAUUGUUGUCACCAGUGAAAUAUGCAGGUUUUUAUUUCUCCCCACACAACAUUUGAACUUUGGGCCAUAUGUUCUGCGGUACCAAAGAACGUUUCAUUGCUGAUCUUUGGAUCAGGUUUUGUGUUUUGUCUGACAUCAAGAUCCCAAUAUUUGUUGUUUCAUGUCUUUGUAAAUUUUAGAAAAAUUAAAAAAAGUGGAACUUGUACCAUAAUGAAACAUUCCUUUUGAAUUUCAUAGAACAAAACAGAGAUACCAUUGGCAGCCAAUACCAGAAGUCAUAUAAUAAUCUUCAAAGUAACUUACUUUAAGCUCUUUCAUUUUGGCCUCAAGCAAUCAAUGACUUCAUAUUUGAUAUCACAGGGAGCACACUGAAUAAAGUAAUCUAGUAUUUCACAAUAUAGGACCAAUGUAUGUCUCUGUAGAGAUGGCCACUUGAAUGAAUUCAAGAACAAGCAAUACAAGUAUCAAGAGACAAUUGUAUAUUUCUAAAGAUUUGUUGGCUCUGGCUGCUUUUGGCCUGGCUAUGUAAUCUGUGGCACCUUAGGUUAACACCCUCUUCUUGUAACUGAAACCAACAUAAGAGAUUUCAGUGCUGAGAGAGCCUUAUUUCAGUCAAACUGAAUGUGAAUUGGAUGUGUGCAGGAUUUGGCCAUUUCAAAGCGACUGGCUUUAAUCGAGCGGACCUCCUGCGUUCCGUGUUUGAAUCCAGUUUCACUAGGACCCGCCGUCUUUAAGACUUUCCAAAAGAUUGCUGUUACAAAAAAAAAAAAGCAAAAAUACUACACAGUGGCUACGUUUCCAUCGCCAAAAUGCAGAACCGAAAGGCUGGGAUAGAUGAAAGACUCGUAUUUCCGAUAAAACAGGGUUACGGUCUCUGCUUCCAAGCUCUGCUUGAACAUGCCAAGUAUUUGACUCGGUGAUGUGACGGAAACACAUUAUGACGUGUAGGAAAUGUGACCCUGAUUAAUAAAAAAAAAAAAAAAACGAAACAAAACUGCACUAUUUACUUGAGUAUUGAACCCCAAGCUGUUCUCUGCUAAUGUUUAGACGAUGGAAAUAUAGUCACGAUCGUGUAGGGCAGCACCCAGUGUGUAUGUGUUGUGUGAGUGCGACAAACAGGGGUCAUAUCAACCCUGUAUACCUCAUCGACAUAUCUGCAAAUAUUCUUAUCCUGUCUUUAAGUUGAACGUGUAGGAGAUACCAUCACCAGCAGAAGCCUGGGACCAUUGCAGGGUCUACGACAUCACACCAAUUCCAUAUCAAACAAUAAGAUUACGACUUGCUUGCCGCUUCAAGUCUGACCCAUACCCGCAGUGUCGCCAACACAAUGGUUUAGAAUUAGCGAAACGUGAGGCAUUUUAAGUAGCAUUAUCCUACCUCUGUGUUACAGCUUGAUGCAUCGAAAUCUCCACCAGUUGUUGACAAAUGGAAAUAUAUAUGUAUAUGGAACAGAUAUAACUUAUAACCAACAAUCGGUGAUAUAGGACAACAGUUAGUGUACUCGACUGUGUGUCUGUCUGUGUGUAACAUGAUAAUUGUUAGUGUAUACACAACAGAGUACCACUGGAAUGUGAAGCCAGACUGUAUUAUGAUUUUUUUUUUUUUUUUUUUUUUUUUUUUUUUUUGUGUAUUUUAUUUUUUUUUUUUUUCUUUAUUCAAAGUCAACUUUCUCCCCAUUAUAUUUCAAAUGAUGUCAAAUGUGUCUUGCCUCUAUCGCUUCUUUUGUUUUUUUUGCUUUUUUUUGACAAAACGGAGAAAAAUAUCAGCCUAUACUAGCUGGCAUUUACAUUUGUGCUCAUUUUUUUUUUUUCUCUUUUUUUUUUUUUUUUUCUCCGCUUUCUCUCACUUCUAAAUGUUCACUGUGAGCGCUCUGAACUCAAGUUUACAGCUCUUCAUGGUAUGUACGUGUAUUUGGUCGAGUUCAGUAGAGUGCGUGGAUGGUUGUAUGACUUUGGUACUGAAGCAACAACUCAAUUUUCUACUGGUGGUGGGGGUUUGAAAGGGGGUUGGUUGGUUUGAGUUAUGCACAUUCAUUCUGUACUAAAAUAUGGGGUAUGUAGAAUUCCCUAGCCUUACACCCUUCCAAAAACACUACGCCGGUCACUGGCUAAUUUGCAUUAGCUAUCCACCACCCUGCCAACUUUGUACCUCUGUACAUAUCCAUUUUGGACCUGGGGGCACGGGGAGAAUUCGGUGGAUUCUGCCUGAAUCUGUCAGGACGGUCACGUGACCCCUCCUAGACCUGAGGAAGGAGAACCCUCACCCUUUCAACCCCACAAAAAGACCUCAAGCCAUUCAUUUCCUUAUGUGACAAUGCAAUCCUGAAAGCACUUUGCCUUGUUAAUUCAUAGUAUGAGCUUGUGAAUGGUUACUUGUUACUAACAGAUGUGAAACUCUGUAUAUGUAUUUAAGUAAGAAAGAACAUAAUCAUUUUUAAUUUGAGCUUAUUAAAAAUGAAUUGGUCUCUCUGACUUUAAAGACAAAAAAAAAAAAAAAAUCCCAUGUUUUUGUUAGUCAGGUUCAUGAACUGCUGCAGCCAGUAGGUCUUGUCAUUCAGUAUCGUGGCUUAGAAUUGGUAAUGUUGAAAUAAAAUGCUAUUGCUACAUACAA